AUGGAUGGAAGAAAAGGCAAACAGAUUUAUCAGGGUCCACCAUCAAGAAAAAAGGAUGAUGAUUCUUGCGACUGGAGGGACUACCCGGGUGUUAUCGGCCAUGUAUUGGAUCAAGUAGAUCAAGCCACAUGUUGGGUAAUCCCAAUAGUGAGAGCCGUCGAGGCACUUUUGAACAUUGGCCUUUGUUUACAAAGGCAAAUAGAAUUGUCUUUACAACAUAUCGUCAGCGAAGUAGAUUUUAGUCCAAAUGAUGGCAUCUCCAACAUAAAAAACGCUCUAGCUUACCUCAAACAAUCUGGAGUUUGUGUAGAGAGCCAGUGCUCUCAUCGUGGUGAACUUGUGAAAAGAAAAUGCAAACAUCCCAAUGUCCACUACCAUAGAGUAGACAGCUACACUUAUAUGACGGACAUUGAAGAUGUAGAUCUUGAAGACAUUGUUAGAAGGCAACCUGUAGCCGCUCUCAUGCCAUAUGAUGGAGGUUUGAUGAACUACAACAUCAAUGGAAGCGAUUGGCUUUACCGUCAUGACCGUACCGUAGAUGGAUCUUUUACCCCAAUGCAUAACGUUCUUAUCGUAGGCUAUGGACGUCACGACGGGCGGCCAUAUUGGAUUAUUCAAAACUCUUGGGGAGAGUCUUGGGGAGAUGAUGGUUAUGCAUAUGUCUACCGUUCGACCGUUCGUAGACGAUCGUUGUCCCAAUUUGCUGCUGUUUUUUGUCCAAACAUAAGAGGAUUGCCAAGACCUCCUGGACCAAAAGACGAAGCAUGA